CCACCAGCUUACAAAUACAAGUCGACGGUCAGACCAAUGACUAUAUAAUAUUGUUUGUUCAAAGCUUCUCUUCCAAAAAUGGAUUGUGAAUAUACCUUCAAAAUUCUACUAUUACCAUCGCUAUGAAGCCACUUGCAACUGAGAAUGUAUUGAUCAACGGGUGGCGCAUUGCCUAUGGCGUUUACGGCACCCAAAGUGAUACUUACCCAGUCGUCCUAAUUCAUGGAACACCGUCUUCUUCGCUCAUAUGGCGCAACGUCCUACCGGGUUUAGUUUCAGCAGGACACCAUGUAUAUGUUUUUGAUCUUCUCGGGUAUGGGCUGUCUGAGCGCCCUGAAGACCCUUCCGUGGAUACGUCGAUAUCAGGUCAGGUUCCAAUCCUAGAAGGCUUAUUGGCAUUCUGGAGAAUAGAUUCAUUCCACCUUAUUGCCCACGAUAUUGGCGGAGGAAUAGCGCAACGAUUUUCAAUAUUUUCACCUCACCGAGUAAGAUCAUUGGCGCUAAUUGACGUCGUUAGCUUUGACAGCUAUCCUUCCAGACGCACUAAAGAGCAAAUGGAGAUGGGACUAGAAAGAUUGAUCAAUGUAGAGGACAAACAACAUCGAGCACACUUCAGAGAGUGGCUUUUGUCUGCUGUGCUCGAUCAACAGAGCCUGGCAGAGAGCAGUCUGGAUGUAUAUCUGGAUUAUAUCUCAGGUCCCGUUGGACAAGCCAGUCUAUUUCAGCAUCAAGUAAAACAUUACGAUCCAAAGCACACGCUGGAGAUUUCCCAUCGAUAUCACGAACUUGGAAAACUGCCUGUGAAAAUUAUAUGGGGAGCCAAUGACACCUGGCAGGUGCUAGACUGGGCUCAUAAGUUGAAUCUGGCGAUUCCUGGCUCAAGCUUGGAGGUCAUUGAUCACUGCGGCCACUUCUCACCGGAAGACAAGCCGGAGCAAAUAACUGCUAUAUUGACGGCGUUUUUGAAGUAGAAUUCGUGAAUGUUAGACCAGAAUGUUCUGCAUAUGCCAAAAGGUGUACUGAUGAAUUGCCCGGAAUAUAGAUUUUUUUGAGACCAUAUUUGAAAAGCCUAGACAAUCUCUAGAGAGUAAAAACGCGUGAUAUAAUUCAUACUAGCAACAUAUAUUACAAACUGAC